UCCAGCCUAAGCUACACAGAGAUUCAUCUCUCUUCCUCGGCAGGGACGCCAAGUCUGAACAUUGUUUUGACGCUGGAGAAAUGUAUUACCUCUCCCGAAGUAAAACCCAAAGAAGAGAAGAGCAGCCAGCCCAAGAGUGACCAAUCCCCCUCCACACCGGGCCCCUCCCCGUCCACACCGGGCCCCUCCCCCUCCACACCGGGAGUCAGCCCUCGACCCAAGCAAGAUGGAAUGAAAGCUGAAGAGAGACAGAAACUGGCAAAGGAGCGUCGAGAGGAGAGAGCCAAGUAUCUGGAAAGCCGUAACGUGAGUAAAGCUGCCAAGAAGGCCCAGUGGCUGGAGAAGGAGGAGAAAGCCAAGCACCUGAGAGAGAAACUGCUGGAGGACCGGCGGAAGAAGCUGGAGGAGCAGAGGGUGAAGGCAGAGAAACGACGGGCAGCACUGGAGGAGAGGCAGAGGCAGAAACUAGAGAAAAACAAGGAGCGGUAUGAAGCUGCGAUCCAGAGAUCGACAAAGAAAACCUGGGCAGAGAUCCGUCGGCAGAGAUGGUCUUGGACUGGAAGUCUGAAUCAAAACGCACAGAGAGAAGGUACAGGGAGAUGUUCGAUGUCGGCAGUCAACCUUCCUAAGCAUGUGGAUUCCGUAAUAAACAAGAGACUGUCCAAAUCCUCCGCCACCUUGUGGAAUUCACCGAACCGAACCCGGAGUUUGCAGCUGAGCCCUUGGGAGAGCAGUAUCGUGGACCGGCUGAUGACCCCCACCCUGUCCUUCCUCGCCCGGAGCAGGAGUGUCGCCACGCUGCUGGGAAACAGCAAAGACUCCCGUAAGUCUCACCUGUCCCCCUUGUGCCCUCGCUCGGCCUCUGCCAGCCCCCUCACAGCCUGUAACCACCACAGACCCCACCACAGAGGCUCCGAGCGAUGGAAGGUCUCGGCAAGCAGCCCUGACAUCACGCCACGCAAACCCAGGGACUCCCUGCCUGUACGUAAGACGAGCGCAAAGCAGGUGGAAAAGAAGAAAAAGGAGAAGAAAGACAAAGAGCGAGAGAAUGAGAAAGAAAAGAAUGCCCUCACUAAAGAGAAGGUGUUGAAGAAGAGACAGUCCUUGCCGAGUAUGAAGCACAGAACAGAAGCCAGCAGUCCUGUGUCAAAGAACCGCCCCUCGUCCCCUUCCACCCCCAAGCAGCAUGCCCCUUCCCCCAGUCCCGCAGUGUCCCCCAAACCGCCCUCCCCCCGGGGCUGUCCGUCUGUCCCCAAGACACGGGGCAAGAGACAGAAGACGACAGAGGACAAGACGCCAGCAAAGGAGCACGAGCGAACAGCUUCGCCCAUCGCAGUCGAGAAAACAAAGGAGACCCGCAGAGCGGCCACACCCGAUGGAUCACCCCCUGUCCCUGCUAUUGUUGUGUCCUCUGCACCAGGCACUCCCCCAGCCCCUACUGCACCAAUCCCAGCCCAGACCUCGGCUCCAGCCCCUCCCCCAGCCCAAGCUCCAGAGCCGUCACCUCCCAUAGCCCCGACCACAGCUUCUCCUGGCAAACCGAUGGCUGGAACCAACAAUGCAGAGGAGGCAGCUCGAAUCCUGGCCGAGAAUCGCAGGCAGGCCCGCGAGCAGCGGGAGCGGGAGGAGCAGGAGAGGAGGGAGCAGGAGGAGAGGGACAGGCGCCUGAGAGAGGAGCAGGCCGUGCAGGAGGCAGAGGACAAGGCCCGGCGUGAGGUGGAGGCCCAGAGACUCGUCGAGGAGAGGAAGCAGCGGGACGAGGAGCAGAGGAUCGAGGACGAGGCUCGGCAGCAGAGGGAGGCAGAGGAGCGAGCUCAGGCAGAGCAGGAGGAGCAGGAGCGGCUGCAGAAACAGAGGGAGGAGGCAGAGGCCAAAGCCCGAGAGGAGGCAGAGAAGCAGAGGCUGGAGCGGGAGAAACACUUCCAGAAAGAGGAGCAGGAGCGUCUGGAGAGGAAGAAGCGCCUCGAGCAGAUUAUGAAAAGAACAAGAAAACCGGAAACGGGUGACAAGAAAGAAACCAAAUCUUCCUCUCCUGCACAAAUGAAUGGCAAAGAUGCUAAACCUGAUCCUGAAAGCAGCAAAGGCUCCCAAACCCCUCUUAUCACAGACGAGAUUGAGGCGGAGAACAGCCAAUCGCAGCGCGGCACUAAAGAAGAACCCUGUGAGCAGAAUACACAGAGUGUCCCUGUGAAAGAGCCUAGGCAGAGCCCAGCCCUGGUGAACGGCAUGCAGCCGGACAAGCAUGAGAAUGGCCUUUCCACCAAGAGGGAGGGGCCUGACUUUGAGGAGAUCAUCGACCUGUCCAAUCACAGCGGCAGCAGCAACGGUGGGCGGGAGAAAUCCCAGAGCGACAUCCCCAGUGACCCAAUCAUUGCCUUCGAGGAAGGAGAAUCCUUCCUGAAGAAGAAAGCAGGCUCCCUCAAGCCUCAACAUGUAGCAGAAGUUCUCUGAGAAAGUCUACAAUGGGAAAUAUGUUUCCCACACAUUGGACAAGGCAAAUUUUAAAGCACGGCUGAG